UCGGGAAGCGCGUCCCCGCGCUUCAGCAUAUCAACUCCUUCACGCCUCUGGCUGAACGCGCUUCCGAUGACAUCACGGUCUCACCAUCCCACUUGUGACACCAAUGUGGCAAAGUAAAGCAUACAAACUGAUGGGUCAUUUCCUGCUUGCUCACUCGCGCCCAGGACUCCAAGGCGACCAGGCUUCAGUCUGUGCAGCACAUCGGUGCCUGAGUUUCACCGGUGACGCGGUUAAGGUGGACAGAGUCUUCGCCCUUUUCCGCCUUCGACCGUGAAGUCCUUUGAGGACGAGAUACGUCGGCUGCUUUAGCACAACUGAACACCAGCCGUGAGCGUCACCCUGAAGAUGGACGACAUUAAAGUGAGACGUGAAGCGGGGGAAUAGUCUGCCAAGAUUUCUUCUCACAACAACAAGACCGACGACCCACAAGCCGAGUUCAGUCAAGCUCUGCAUUCAAAAUCUGGCAUGAAGGAACAGAAGCCACAUAAAACACAUUCCUUUAAAUUGAAAGUAAAUGGUGCGGCUGACUACCUGGUUACCUGCAAUAAAGCACAGACUGUCCUGAGCGCACUAGAGACAAACCAGAUAUUUGCAGAGAUGGCUAAAAGGAACCAAAAGAAAGAGCUCGUUAUUAUAAGAGGCAGAAGAGCUAUCAGCACACACUUCCCAUGCCAUCUUAUUGGGGAGGAAGAUCUCCUGAAGUUUGAGUACAUCAAUGCUGCAGUACAUGGACAGGAUCCAGUUAGUAAAGCCAAACGGAAAUGGGGGAAAACACCACCUGAUGAAACAGUAACAGUCAAUGUAACAACAAAAGGAGAUAAAGGUAUAAUACACAAGGUCAUGAAUAACUUGAGUCUAAAAAGCAAAGUUGACAAAGUUUGCGUGUAUGGAUACAAAGGGCAUACGAUUAAAAAUGUUCUGAAAAUUGAUGGCCGUUUUAAAAGUAGCACUUUGAAAAAAGACUGCAUCCUGUCAGACCUAGACACUUCAGAGAACAUCGAAAUGUCCACACUUGUUGAUGUCCUUGAUGGUAGGAAUUUCAGGGUCGUAUUACGUGGGGAAUUUGCCGUUGCAGACAGUCAGUCUAGUCUGGAGGAAGAGACCACACCAUGUGAGCCUCCUGGAUCUCCCUCUGAUGGUAACAAAGAUUCUCCAAAAGCGUCCACCUCAAGUGAGAUGCGAAAUACAGACAGGCCAGAGGAGAAAGCAAAAGCAGAUGCUAGUACCUCUCAGGCUCGGCUGUCUUAUCUCAAAAUACCAGGUUCUGAAAACUUGCUAAAUUUACUGCGUGCACAGUAUAAUGAUUUGGUUGAACACAUGAAAAGUCGAGGGAUCACUGGGUCUUCAGUUAUCCAAACACUCCGUAAAGACUUUGGAAAGAAUGUGGAGACUUGCCUUUACAUGAAAACAGUCAAGAAACUGUCGAAGCGAAGUGACUCUGUUUGUCAGUUGAGAGUAAAUGACCGUCCAAUUGGGAGUGGUUUUCUCCUGUUUGAGAGGUACAUUAUAACAAAUGGCCACGUCAUUGCCAAGUAUUGCGACCAAAGUAGCUUGGAGCUGCGUAAAGAGAUUACCGUCACCUUCUCUUUUGAAAGUCUGGCCGAGAACUACGAGGCAGAGCCAGUGGGAAAGGUUGUUGCCUUUCAAGAAUUUACUGAUGUUUCAGGCUACCGCCGUGAUUGGGCUUUGUUGGAGCUUGACCAUGAACAGAAAGAGCGUUUGGGAUUGUUAAAACACUUUGAUUAUAUUCCUCCAUCAGGGGGUAUCUGUAUCAUUGGGUACCCCGGGGAAGGAGUAAAAAAGAUGGACCCAUGCUAUGUUGUUCCAUGUGAUCCCCGAGCUGAUGUUGUAAAGAACAACUUUUCGGAGCAAUGCAUGACAGUUUUAACUGGCAAAUUCCUUGUAGAGCUUAGCAAGUUAAAGGAUAAUAAGAAGCUUUUGGUUUAUGAAACAUGUUUUUAUGACGGGACAUCGGGCUCACCUGUUUUUGACAAGGACGGCAAUGUCGUUGCAAUGCAUUCAGGAGGUUGGUACUUAAAUAAAAAAAACACCACUAGCUUCAUUGAAUAUGCCUAUCCUUUCUCUCUGAUCAUUGAACAAAUCGUUUUCCAAUUACUGGAAACAAGUAAUUAUGAUGUGCUGAAGAAAUUCCUCUGUUGCUUUCCUCAAAAUUCUCCACAAUCGGAGAGAAUGGGAAAGAAUUUGAGGCACAUGGUGCAGGGCAGGAAUCUCACAAACUUAAAGGAUGUUGAUAAUCCAAUGAUCAGAAAGGAUAAGAUUUUGCAGCAGUUCGUUCAAUUCAUCUGUCAACCAGAGGAAGCUACAUCCACGGAUAUUGAGUAGAUGUGCCCACUGAGAGUCUCAGUUUACCAUGACAGUGAGCUGCAACAGAUAAAGAUAUGUUGCUGAUGAAGAGUUAAACGCUUUAAUUACUGUGUGACUGAUUACAUUCAGUUUUUCAUAUCCAGGCAACUCCCAAAUGACUGUGGACCAAAUUAUGAUGCAGAGAAUUAAAAUGUGCACUCUCUACUCUCUCUCUCUAUAUAUAGACAUAUAUUUCUAUAUAUUUUUAUUCAUAAUGUUUUAGCAUGAACGCUUUUGUAGUGGUGGUAACCUUGACAUGUUUAAAGGUUUUAAUAAUUCACUAUGAAAGUCGACUAUUUUUACACCCUGUAUGAAACUACCCAAACCACUAGUGAUGCAGGGGGCAGGAUUCUUUUUGUUUAGUUUUGUUUUUUUGGCAUUUUCUGUUUUUAUUUUACCAAUGACAGCAGAGAGAGACAGGAAAGGCAGGAAAACAGUUUUACAUACAGGUAUGUGUGGGUUACUUAUAGUAUAUAAUUUUAACUUUGUGUUAUUUAGUUGUGCUCUUGAAUUAGCAACAAGUUGAACGGUGGUUGACAUGGGUUGAUAGCAAAGUUGGAAUGGUGAUAAAAGCUUUCUGUAUAUCGGAGUCUGCCAUCUCUAAGCCAGUUUGUGUACUUUGAGUGUUUUGAUUCAUUUCAUUUUUUUCCAUCUUUUACAUUUUGAAUUGUUAUUGCUUAUUUUCACACUGGGGGAACAGGAAUUUAGCAGUGCAACUGUAUUCAAUGUCCAGCUAGCAAAGGAAUAUGAGCUUCUUUUAGUUUUUGCUUUGUUAUCAGCAGCGAGAGAUGGUAAUCAAGAUUUUGUAUUUUGUAUUUUGAUUACUGUAAUAAACUGUCAAUACCAAACACAUUUUGGCCUGGGCAUUGAACUUCUCUCUUUGCCUGUAUAUCUUCUGCGUUGACAUAACAACCUGCUCCAGUGGUGCAUCGAGUUUUAUUGCCACUAAUAACAGAUAAUGUAAAACUCAUUUAUGAAUCGAGUCGAGCACCCUAAAUCCCUUAGCUCCCUCGUGUAUAUUUGAAGAAUCGCUUUCAAUUGUCUUUUGUUGAUUUUUUUUUUUCAGUUAUUUUUGCCACUAAAGUCCUGCUGGGUGCUUUUUUUGGGGUUUCUGUGGAGUGGUUAAGUCAAACAUCAAUAACACGAAUGGAUGAAAUGAAUAUAAAUAAAUUGAAUAAAUGU